CGUGCUAUUACUAUUGUAAUGAACUAUCCCGCGCUCACGGGGCUUGAAUAUCCGCUUUUUACCUGCCAUUAUCAACCAUAAGACACCCAAGUAAAGUUCUAACUUGGAUUUGAUCUUCUCCGCUACCAGAAGCUUUACAUUUUUUAAUAUCCUCCCACUCAAACACCCAAUUCACAUCGCUUUCGUAAGGGCAAAACGCCCAAACAAAUAUAAUAUGACGUCUUAUAUUCCAUCAAUUACCCUACCCGCCCAGGUGUUUGCUCAGCCUGCGGUAUCUAUUUUGCUGCCCAUUGCGCUUGGUACUGGCGUUGGCUUUUCUGUGAAGCCCAAGGAGACACAGGAAACUUACCUUGCAUUGAAGCAGCCACCGUAUCGGCCUCCUCCAAAAAUAUUUCCGCCAGUUUGGACUGUCCUGUAUGGACUGAUGGGCUUUUCCGCGUACCGUGCCUGGACCACGGGCAUGGCAUCUUUGGAUCCGCAGAAGGUCCUCCUGACCAAGCAAGGAGCAACACUUUACACGAUUCAGCUUGCUUUGAAUCUUGUCUGGAUGCCACUCUUCUAUGAGCUGAAAAGACCAAUUGAGGCGACUGUUGAUAUCGUCGCUUUAACUGGCGUGACGGGCUACUUGACCUAUAUUUGGGGUCAGGUUGAUGAGGUCGCCGGAUGGGCCUUGACACCAUACCUGGCGUGGCUAGGAUUUGCCACCUACUUGAGUGCUGGCACUGGGUAUUUGAAUGGCUGGACUUUCGCUGAUAAGGAGCGCAAUGUUCCUCCAUCCACGAAGAGCGAACACACCAAGUAUGUUGAUGAAGAGCCUGAGAAAAAGUAGAAGUGUCUACGCAAUGUGAACUUACGGGUGGGAAGGCGCAACUAAUCGGGUGGUUUUAUUCGAUUCAAUAUCUACGGGUUUCCAGUAUGUUGUCUUUCGCACUUACAAGUUUUGUAACACGCGUCUCGAUAAUUGUGAGGUUUUCGCAAAUACUGUAUGUUGAGCUGUUUCAUCCGCGCGAGGAUUUUAUAAUGACCCAGGUGCUAUGAAUAGCCUGUCUGAGCAAUGCCAAGUAUUCAUCGUAAGCUAAGGUUGGUCUUUGAAGACUUUGGCGCCAGAUGCCUUGAGUAAAAAUGCCUUUCUCUAAAUGACGAAUAUGAGGUUGGCAUCACAGAUGGGACAAUGCUGAAACUUUGAGCUAAAUAUGGGCAACAUAUAGGGGG